AUGUUUGAAAAAACGAAUGAAAGUGAUAAAGUUUUAAACAGAAAAUUGAUUUCGAAAAGAAAAAUUAUACGAGAAAAAUUAAAUUUGUUGAAACAAGGACAAUUAGUACAAGAAAAUCUUUUUCAACCCAUCACCAAACACUUGGCGAAUAUUGAAACUCGAUUAGAUAAAAAUCAAAAUCUGAAAUCACAACAACAACAACAACAACAAGAAAAGACAACCACAGAAAUACCGAAAACGAAAAAAUUGAAAAAGGAACAGGAUGAAGAAGGUAAUUACGAUUAUGAAGAAGAAGAUGACGCAUUUAAAAAAGUGAAUUUAGAAUUGUAUCAGCCUACACCACAAUCCUCGUCGUCGGUUGCUGAUACUACCCCACAUAUUGGUAGACCAACAAAAAUCAAACGGAAAUUACCUUUCACACAAAUUAGCGAGAAAAAAACAAAAAAAUCCGAUCAACCACAACAUAGUUAUAAUUUGAGAAAAUUACUGCUCAGGGACAAUGUUGAAAAAUAUGCUACAGAUGAAGAGGAAGCUAGAAAACAAAAGCAUUUCAAUGAAUCUCGUCAAAAUGAAUUUCUAAGCCAGUCACAAACUGAAUAUUUGGAUCAAUUUGAUCCAUUACCUGCAAAAUAUAUACAAGAAUUUAUAAAUGACCCUGCUACUGAUCCAUCGUUAGAGGGAAAUGUUUUACCUAAAUUUCGUAUAAGACGUGAUGAAAUUGAUAAUUUCUACAUUGGUGAUUCCAAAGUUGAAAUCGUUGGAUCUGAUUUAAUAGUAAAAGGUAGAAGAUACGAAGGAACCCCAGGACUGUAUAAGUUGCUAUUCAGAAAAAGUAUGCCUAAAAGUUAUACGAAGGAUGAUGAAGCUGCUUUCAAGGACAUUAUCUCAAGAACCAAUAUAAAUAGAAAAAGGUUCAAGACCACUGGAGAUGAAAAUGACAGUCAAUCUGGAAAAUUUAAACUUCUUUUCGAACCUCUAACAACUACUGGAAAUGGAAUGAUUGCAUCAUCAGCAGAAAUGGAAUAUUCCAACGACUCAAUUGAUUACGUCUACUGGGAUGAUCAGAAUGAACUUGUCGAACGCUUACAACUGUUACUCGCUUCCCAAACGGCAGGCAAUACAAAUCAUACCAACGAGAUCAACGCAAUUGUGGAAGAGUUACGAGAAGCAGACAUUGUUGAAUAA